AUGAGCAUUCACGUUGGUGGUUUCAUUUGGACAACUAAUGAAGAAGAUGUUGUUGAAGGAGUUUCAAGAUCCUCUGCAAAAGAUUCAUCUGAUUCAACAGAGGACCCUUCCUCUUCUUUCUCUUCUAACGGAGCUUUUGACGAUUUAUCAGACCUCAUCUCUCAGCUACCGACCAUCCGUGAGAAGAAAGGACUUUCGAAGUAUUACAAAGGCAAAUCUGAGUCAUUCACAUCUCUAGCAAAUGUCACAUGCCUUACCGAUCUUGUCAAGAGAAGACCAAGAAUGAAGACAUGCAGGAUCUCCGAAGGACAAUUGAAUCAGACUUGCAAAAGGCUAUAUCGACCCAAUACUACAAUCUCCAUGAAAGCCACAAGAACCUCAAAAACUCUUUCAUGA